GUUUUUAUGGAAAAAGAAAAAUUAGUUAAGGGUUUUGGAUAAGCAAAGUCGGAUCAUCUUCGUUUAGUUUGAUUCCCACAAGGGAAACCAAGAGAAGUGGUGGUGGCGGGUGGUGGCCAUGGUGGUGGUGGCCAUGGUGGUGGUGGAGCCAACACGCCACCAUUGUUUAUGGCGGAGGUUAAUCCAUGUAAAUGGGGAGCAAGAACGCCCACGUAGCCCCGUACAAGCUGGGAUAUGCCGGCUGGGUGAGGGUUACUCUUCGGCCCAUGGCGCUUCGGGUGCCCAGCAGUCAGCACAUCUGCCACUCAACUGACUCUACCCACUCGUAAUCUUAACCCUUUUAAUUUUAAAAAAUUUGUUUAAAAAAUUUUAUGCAAAUAAAGAUGUGAAUUUUUU